AUGGUUGAAGAAGCAGCUUCAGCAUCCGAAGCUUCGGUGACGGAGGUCGUGCAAACCCUAGCCGAGCCUGUGACGGAGAUAGUGCAAACCCUCGAACCUAACCAAGCCUCAAUCGAAGCCACUGUCGAAUCUGCUGUUCAGGGAGGUACUGAAUCGACCUGUAACAACAAUAACGCCGCCGAGAGCGCUGUAACUGAUGUCUCCGACGAGGAUCGUGAGAAGACCCUUGAGUUCGCCGAGGAACUUACGGAGAAAGGUUAUGUCUUUCUGAAAGAGAAAGAUUUCGUCGAAGCGGUCGAUUGCUUCAGCCGUGCCCUCGAGAUCAGGGUCUCACACUAUGGUGAACUUGCUGCUGAGUGCACAAACGCCUACUACAAAUAUGGAUCAGCUCUUCUGGAAAAGGCUCAGGCUGAAGCUGAUCCACUUGGUAUCAUGGCCAAGAAAGAAGCUGAAGAGUCCAGCGAUAAAGAUGGUUCUGUUAAGAGCACUGUUUCAAGUAACCCAGAGAGACAAGGGAGUUCAACUGGGCAAGAAGGUACUAAAGAUGUAGGAGAAGAUGUUGAAGAUCCUCAACAAGAGGAUGACCUAUCUGAUGCUGAUGCUGAUGCUGAUGAAGAUGAGCCUGACUUGGAUGUGGCCUGGAAAAUGCUCGACAUCGCAAGGGCUAUUACUGAAAAACAUUCAAUCGAAACAAUGGAGAAAGUUGAUAUUCUCUGUGCCCUUGCUGAAAUAUCCUUGGAGAGAGAGGACAUCGAGUCUUCCCUGAGUGACUACAAGAACGCACUGUCUAUCUUAGAGCGACUGGUUGAACCUGACAGUCGACACAUUGCCGAACUAAACUUUCGCAUAUGCAUCUGUUUAGAAACUGGAUGUCAGCCUAAGGAAGCAAUACCAUAUUGUCAAAAGGCGAUGCUAAUCUGCAAGGCGCGGAUGGAGAGGCUCACUAAUGAGAUCAAGGGUCAAUCUGGCUCGGCGACUUCAUCAACUGUCUCUGAGAUAGACGAGGGAAUCCAACAAUCAUCCAAUGUUCCCUACAUCGAUGAUAAAUCUGCUUCGGACAAAGAAGAUGAGAUCAGAGACUUAUCUGGUCUGGCAGAAGAUCUAGACAAGAAGCUUGAAGAUCUGAAACAACAAGCAGAGAACCCAAAGCAAAUGCUUGCUGAGCUAAUGGGAAUGGCAUCAGCCAAGGCGAAUGCUAGUGACAAGGUUGCUGCUGCUGGUGAAAUGAGCUCUUCUCGGAUGGGGGCUGCGAUUACUGGGAAAGAGUUAGAGUCGCCUACGGUCUCAACAGCUCACACCGGUGCAGGAGUAGGAGCAUCAUCCGGUGUUACUCAUCUGGGUGUCGUUGGAAGAGGAGUGAAGCGAGUUUUGACAAACGCAACCUCUGCAGAAUCAAGUCCAUCCAAGAAGCUAGCUCCUGAGUCUUCCGACAAAAAGGCAUAG